AUGAAUUCGCCGAAGGCUGCAUCAACUUCAUCUUCCUCCACCUUGUCACAUUCUAUCGAUCGAUUGUUGGCCGAUUCACCUCCCCCGCUGUCUCAACCAUCAACUACGGAGACCAGUCAACCCAGUCCUCCUCUUAUGUAUCCCUUCAACUUCAUGAUGGGAAAUUUCAUGAAUAUGAACAAUCAUCUCCUUCGUUCACCACCCCUCCACAGUCAUACAAUGCCCCCUCUUCCUCAUCCCCAGGCACAGCCAUCGUCACUCUCCCUCCAAAUGAGUCCACAUUCCCUGCCUAGUCCCCAACCAGAUCAUCAUUCUCAACAUACUCCAAGGUCCAAACGAAGAGAAGGGAGGACAAUCUACGAGUGCAAGAUAUGCAAGAAGAUUUUCGGUCAGCUCUCCAAUCUCAAGGUACACCUUCGUGUCCAUACUGGUGAGCGGCCAUUCAAGUGCACAACUUGUGGAAAGGGCUUCACUCAACUUGCUCACCUUCAGAAGCACCAUCUCGUGCAUACUGGAGAGAAGCCCCACGAAUGUCAAGUGUGCAGGCGACGGUUUUCAAGCACCUCAAAUCUAAAGACGCAUCAGCGGUUGCAUAGUGGGGAGAAACCCUAUGCUUGCCACUUGUGUUCGGCUAAGUUCACUCAACUCGUUCACCUUAAGCUCCACAGGAAGAUGCAUGCUGAGGAAGAUGGUGGUGGAGAGAAGAUUUACUGGUGCCCAGGCUGCCAAAGGAAGUACAAUUCGCUGAAUGGAUUGAAGGCUCAUUGGAGGACAGCUACUGGAAAGACUUGCUGCUGUCAGGCCACACACACGCGUGUAAACAUUAAACAGGAGGCGGCGAUGUGA